AUGACGAAGAGACGUUUUAAAUAUGAGCCCGAAGUUGCAAUUGAUGGUAACCAAGAGCAGUUUAUAGCUGAAGGCGAGAGCUUCACGUUGAUCUGUCGGUAUAACGCUUCACCGCCUGUGUCUGAGGUGCAGUGGAUAAAAGAUGGAAAUGUGAUUACCAUAAAUGCCACUGUGACUAACAAUGGAUCAAGAGUUACUAACAUCUUUUAUAAUGAAAGUCUAUCACAGCUUUCAAUCACCUCAGCUUCCUCACAGAAUUCUGGAAAUUACACCUGCAAUGUUACAAAUAAUGUAACUGAUACAACAGAUUCGACGUCGAUUGUUAUUCAAGAGAAGCCCUCCACCAAAUUGCAGCCAGAAACUGUUACCGUCAAGGAGGGAGAAAAUGACACGUUAUUUUGUAACUCUUCUGGAAGCUCUCUAACAAUAACGUGGAAAUUCAACGGAAUUGAUGUAACCACCUCAGGGGAUUCAAGGAUCAGUUUAUCAGAUGGCAAUCGACAUUUGAUUAUAACGAACGUGAGCAGGGUAAACAAGGGGGAAUACAAAUGUGUGGCGAGCAACAAGGUUGGAAACGAUACAUCUAAUACUGCCUUUGUACUGGUUGAAUUUGGACCUGAAAUCUCCGAACCUCCGACUAAUCGCACAAAAGAGGAAAAACAAACGGUUGAUUUCAGUUGCGUAGUCGCAGGAUACCCUACACCUGAUGUCGUUUGGACAAAAAAUGGACUGGAAUUGAAUGUGACAGGAGAUAUGCGACUUAGUGUAUCUUCCAAUGAUGGAGACCACCAAUUGAACAUAUCAAAUGUUCAACAAUCGGAUGCAGGGCAGUACAGAUGUGUAGCCAAUAACAGUUUGGAUACCGCGACUUCAUCUUCAGCGACCCUAACAGUACAAUUUGCACCAGAAGUCACAAUCGAUGGAGAUCAAAAACGGUAUUUAGCCAACGGCACUGAUUUACUGCUGACAUGCCAAUUCAACGCCUUGCCUACUGUUUCUGAGGUGCAGUGGGUAAAAGAUGGGAUUGUUAUUGCAUCAACCCUUAUUACGCCUUCGAAUGGGUCACGUGUCACUAUUUCGCAUCAUAAUGAAAGCCAAACUCAGUUGUCGAUCAUCGCAGUUUCCUUGGAAGAUGCUGGAAAUUACACCUGCAAUGUCACAAAUAAUGUUGGUAGUUCCUCCUCUAAUUGGACGUCGAUUGUCAUUCAAGUGACACCAUCUAUAGAGCUGGACCCAAAAGCCAGUCCGGUCAAAGAGAGAGAAAACUUGACUCUAUUUUGCAACGCUUCUGGGAGCUCUUUGAGGAUAUCAUGGGAAAAAAAUGGUUCUGGUAUAAAUCCCAGUGAAGAUUCGAGAAUCCUUUUGUCAAGAGACAACGUACAGCUGACAAUAGUUAAUGUGAGCAGGAAAGACAACGGAGCCUACCAGUGUGUGGCAAGCAACGAGAUUGGAAGUGCUACCUCCAAUGCUGCCAAAGUAAAUGUUCAAUUUGGGCCUGAAAUCACCGAACCUCCAAUUGAUACCACGAAAAUAGAAGGACAAACUGUUGUAUUAAGUUGCUUGGUGGCUGGAUACCCUACGCCUGCUGUUGCUUGGACAAAGAAUGAUGUCGAAUUGAAUUCAAUAGCAAAUUUACGAUUGAGCGUCUCUUCCAAGAACGGAAAUCACACUUUGAAAAUAACAGAUGUUCAAAAAUCGGAUGCAGGACAGUACAGAUGUGUCGCUAAUAACAGUUUGCAGACCUCUGAGUCAUUUCCUUCGACUCUUACAGUGCAAU